AUUACGAAGCGUAAACACACUUGGAAACAAAAGGACACUACAAGUGAGAAGAUGUUAAAAGUCUUCCACCGAUCUUUGCAUUAAUAAAACAUUCGGAAACCGAGAACGCUUUUUCUUCUUUCUUCAUCCAAAAGUAGUACUCUGAGACCAUUGUACUCUCUAAAACCCUCUUAAUAACUCUCUCUCUCUCUCUCUCUCUCUCUCUCUCUCCUCUUUCUUCUUCCUUUUUCUGCUUCUGAGAUACUCUACUCUACUCUUCUCUACUCCCAUGGAGCUCUAAUGGGUGCCUACAAUUUCCAUUUUUAUCCUCUUUUCUUCUGAGAAUUUUUGCUCAAGAAUCAUGGAGGGGUCUUCUCUUGUGCGUUUCGUGUUUGUGCUCUGUUUGGUUUCGUCCUCUGUGCUAUGUCUGGAUGAUUCUGACAAUAACUCUACCGCUUCUUCUGCUGUAUACAUUGUUACGCUCAAGGACCCUCCAUGUGUUCAUUCCUCCGGCAGAGAAACGGACGGCUCCAAACACGGCCUUGCAUCUACUUCAUCUCAAAUUUACAGAACAUUGAACCGAAGCGCUUCUAUAAUUAGAGUUCACGAUUCAUUGUUGAGAAAUGUAUUGAGAAAGGAGAAUUACAUCAAGCUCUACAGCUACCACUAUCUCCUCAACGGGUUUUCUGCGGUUAUUACCCGAAAACAGGCUGAUAGACUCGCGGCUAGAAAGGAAGUGCACAAUGUGGUUCUGGAUUUUCCGGUUGAGAAAGCGACCACUCACACGCCGCAGUUCUUAGGUUUGCCACGCGGAGCCUGGCCCCGUGAAGGAGGCUCUGAAUAUGCAGGGGAAGGAGUCGUCAUAGGGUUUAUCGAUACUGGAAUUGAUCCCACUCAUCCUAGUUUCAGUGACCAAAUCUCAGGACGUUCAUAUCCGGUCCCUCCUCGGUUUACUGGUGUCUGCGAAGUCGCCACCGGUUUCCCUCCCGGUUCUUGCAACCGGAAGCUCGUUGGAGCACGCCAUUUCGCUGAGUCGGCUCUCAGCAGAGGAGUCUUGAAUUCAUCUCAGGACGAUGCUUCACCGUUUGAUGGUGAUGGCCAUGGCACUCACACAGCUUCCAUUGCAGCCGCGAAUCACGGUGUCCCGGUGGUAGUUUCCGGUCAUCACCUCGGAAAUGCUAGCGGGAUGGCUCCUCGUGCUCAUGUUGCUAUCUACAAGGCAUUGUAUAAGAGGUUUGGAGGUUUUGCAGCAGAUAUCAUUGCAGCCAUAGAUCAGGCUGCUCAAGAUGGAGUUGACAUUAUAAACCUAUCAAUCACACCAAACAGACGCCCUCCUGGUAUCGCCACGUUCCUCAACCCUAUUGAUAUGGCAUUGCUUUCAGCUGUGAAAGCAGGGAUCUUUGUAGUGCAAGCAGCUGGAAACACAGGACCAGCUCCUAAGAGCAUGUCUUCCUUCAGUCCAUGGAUCUUCACAGUAGGAGCUACAUCUCACGAUAGAGUUUAUACUAACUCGAUAGUCCUCGGAAACAAUCUCACUAUCUCUGGAGCUGGACUCGCAUCUGGUACAAGGACAAUGCACAAACUUGUUUUAGCUGCACAUGCACUCAGCAAUGGUACAACCGUUAUGGAUGCUAUAUAUGUUGGUGAAUGCCAAGAUUCGAGUAGCUUCGAUCAGAAGCUGGUGCAAGGGAAGAUCCUUGUCUGUAGUUAUACAGUCCGGUUCAUUCUCGGUGUCUCAACCAUCAAACAAGCCUUAGUCACAGCCAAGAACUUAACAGCAGCAGGGCUUGUCUUCUACAUGGAUCCUUCUGCCGCCGGUUUUCAGAUGAGUUCAACUCCGAUGGAUAUCCCGGGAAUUCUAAUCUCCUCUUCACAAGAUUCUCAGGCUUUACUUCGGUACUACAAUACUUCUCUGUCGAGGGACAAUGCCUCAGGCAAAAUCGUUAGCUCUGCUUCGGUUGCGAGAAUCGUUGGUGGCAUGAAGCCUACCUAUGGCAUUACAGCUCCAAAGGUGAUGUAUUUCUCUGCUAGAGGACCUGAUCCAGAAGACGACUCUUUCGAGAAUGCUGAUGUGAUGAAACCGAACUUAGUAGCUCCCGGGAACUCCAUAUGGGGCGCUUGGAGUCCUCUUGGCAUCGGUACAAAAGAUUUUCAAGGUGAGCGUUUCGCGAUGGAAUCAGGGACAAGCAUGUCUGCUCCACACGUAACGGGGAUUGCAGCACUCAUCAAGCAGAAGUUCCCUCAUUUCACACCUGCAGCCAUCGGAUCCGCGCUCUCGACGACGGCUUCUUUGUCAGACAGAAAAGGUGAGCGUAUAAUGGCUCAACGCACCGUCCUGAACCCUGACGUUAGCCAGACCCCUGCAACACCGUUCGAUAUGGGUAGCGGAUUCGUCAAUGCAACCGCAGCUCUUGACCCCGGUUUGAUUUUCGACAUAGGGUACAAUGAAUACAUGAAGUUUCUCUGCAGCAUCAACGGAUCAUCACCGGUCGUUCUCAACUACACCGGUGAAAGCUGCUCGGCGUACAACACCUCCCUUGCAGCCUCUGACCUGAACUUACCCUCAGUCACAAUAGCCAAGCUCGUUGGUACUAGAACCGUGCUAAGAUGGGUCACUAAUAUUGCAGCAACGGUCACAAACGAAACAUAUACAGUCGGGUGGACGGCACCGGACUCGGUCUCGGUUAAGGUCUCGCCUGCCAAGUUUACCAUCGGAAAGGGUCAGACACGGGUCUUGAGUCUUGUCUUUCGAGCGAUAAAGAAUGUUACGACCGCUAGUUUUGGGAGAAUUGGGCUGUUUGGAAACAGAGGUCACGUGGUUAACAUUCCGGUGACUGUCAUCUACAAGGUUGCUGUCUGAAACAAAACAUUGAGGGAGUUGAUAAAAGCUUUAGAGAGAGAUUGUUGUGUAGUUUUGAGAGCUUUAGAGAAAUGUGUAGUUUGUAAAUGUGUUUUGGAGUGGUUUUGUGAUGAUGAUCUUUGUUGAUUGAAUUAAUCUAAUCCAAUCUUUGAUUUUUGACAAUGAUAAUGACGUUGAUGGUGAUGAUGAUGAUGAUGAUGUUAACUUGGUUUCA